GAUCAAAACUUUUUCGAUCUAAACAUAAACUUUCAAAGACAAAAAUUGAGAGACUCAGACAACAAUGAUUGAUAACCGCAAACCCUAGAACCGAAAUUAAAGAAAACAGUGUAAAACUCCGUUGCAGGUAGUCAGUGACUCAGGUUACAAUGGCGAGUCAGAUGAACUCGUCAAGUUCUGAAAUGGAUUUGGAUCGACCAAACCUAGAAGAGUAUUUACCUACUGAAUCAAUUCAGAAGCCUCACGAAAAGUUUCGCCUGUGUGAUUUGCUUGACAUCUCGCCUGCCCUAACUGAAGCUGCUGGUGCAAUCGUUGAUGAUUCUUUUACUCGAUGUUUCAAGUCGAUUCCUCCGGAACCCUGGAACUGGAAUAUAUAUUUGUUUCCACUUUGGUGUUGUGGAGUGAUAGUUAGAUACGGUAUUCUUUUCCCAAUUAGGGUGCUGGUUUUGACAAUAGGAUGGAUUAUAUUCCUCUCUGCGUUUAUCCCUGUGCACUUUCUGUUAAGAGGGCAUGAAAGGUGGAGGAGAAAGAUGGAAAGAUAUUUGGUGGAGUUGAUUUGCAGCUUCUUUGUUGCAUCUUGGACUGGAGUUGUAAAAUAUCAUGGACCACGGCCCUGCAUACGACCCCAGCAGGUGUUUGUAGCCAACCAUACAUCCAUGAUUGAUUUUAUUGUUUUAGAACAGAUGACUGCAUUCGCUGUUAUUAUGCAAAAGCAUCCAGGAUGGGUUGGACUACUUCAAAGCACAAUUUUAGAGAGUGUUGGUUGCAUCUGGUUCAACAGAUCAGAGGCAAAGGAUCGCGAGAUUCUAGCUAGAAAGUUAAGAGAACACAUUCAAGAGGCUGACAACAAUCCCCUUCUCAUAUUUCCUGAAGGAACUUGCGUAAACAAUCACUACACUGUCAUGUUCAAGAAGGGAGCUUUCGAACUUGGGUGCACGGUUUGUCCAAUUGCUAUCAAGUACAACAAAAUUUUUGUGGAUGCUUUUUGGAACAGUAAGAAGCAAUCAUUCACGAAGCACUUGCUACGGCUUAUGACCUCGUGGGCUGUCGUUUGCGAUGUUUGGUAUUUGGAACCUCAAACCUUAAGACCCGAUGAGACAUCUAUUGAAUUUGCAGAGAGGGUCCGAGAUAUAAUUUCUGUUCGAGCAGGUUUGAGGAAAGUUCCUUGGGAUGGGUAUCUUAAACACUCUCGCCCUAGUCCGAAGCAUACCGAGCAAAAGCAGAGGAUUUUUGCUGAAUCAGUACUUCGACGCCUGGAGGAAAAAUGAAUAAAUAGUUCUCUACGAGUCCUGCAAACUUCUCUCUUCCCUCCCCUUCAUGAAAUUUGAUAUAUUCUUUUCUUUUUUGGCCUAAAUAUUUUCUCUUGUAACUGGAAUUUGAUACAACAGAUUUAUCACAUUCUACAUCACAAAUGAGAUUAGGCUGUUCAAUGUUCUCCAGUGAGAUUAGGUUGUUCAAUACUCUCCAGUGAGAUUAGGUAGUUCCUUACAUUUCAAGUGAGUUUUUGUUCAGCACUCUGCAGUGAGAUUAGGUUGUUCCUGGUAUUUGUUGUUAGAUUCAGUCAGGUUGUUGUAUUUUCCUUCCCUUUUUUAACCCAAAAACGUUUGUUAAUGGAACCAAAUUUCAAUUGAAUCUUUUACUGAUGACCCUGUUUUGUGCCUC